AUGAAGAGCUUUUCUGUUCUUUUGCUUUUUGCAAUUGUCUUUGCUUUGUAUUUAUGCAGCGAACAAGUUGGAGCCUCCGCCUCACUCUCAGUGCAUACACUUUCGUCCAAAAUUCUUGCCAAUGAGAAAGUAAAAGAAAAGAUUAUUCAUCUGCCAGAAUUUUCCAUCUUCUCCUCCUUCCUUCCUGCUGACUAUGAUAAUGGAAAUAAUGGAACACCAGGUGAUGGAAUAACACAAUUGACUGUCCUGGCUGGGUAUAUUGCAAUUAUCUUGUCGAUUUGUCUCAUUAUCUUGCCAAUGAUUGUGAGUUGUGGAGCUUUGUGGGUUUUCGUAUGUUGUUUGUAUCCGUCUGCUUCCGCAAUUGCUUUAGAACCUGAAGAAGAAAUGGACGAAAGUAGUUUUAUGAACAUGCCACGAGUCACUCUUGACAGUGGUUGGUAUACAAGAAUUCAGAAUAGAUUGUUUGAUGUUAAAUUUGUUGAUUGUCUUAUGGUUUUGUUCUGGGCCGUCACCUGGUUGUUAAGAAAGUUAACUUGUGGAUUCUUUGAUAGUUUAUUCAUUUUGGUAAUAACCAAAUUUCAUGUUAGAAGAAUGGUGAUUGGUAAUAGAAAAUUGGAUAUGGACAGUUCAGAUGCAUGUUGUACCAUUCCAAUUAUUCACUUUUUGAAUAAUUUGUGUAAUUUUUAUACUUGUGGUUUAUGGAGAGCUUUGGGUCUCACUCACAGAUUCUACUUUUCCAAGAUUGAUAAGAGAAUUUUUUGGAAACCAAUAGAGGAAGACUUGGACAUGGACAGAAGAGUAGUUUGGCACAACUAUUCCAAUAAUCAACCAUUCAAAUGGUUUAGUAUUUAUUGUGGAACUAAUACUGAGCUUACCUAUUGGUUCUUGAAAAUUGUGAAUGCUUGUACCCUUUUCACCCUUGGUCCUUUCAUUGAAGCUUGGUAUAUUAGACAAAAGGUCAUGUAUGCCAAGUUUGGUGGUAGAGGAUCCUUUGCAGUUUACAAUAAUGGUAACUUGGAAGGUUUUGUUACCAAUUCACCAAACGUGUUGAGAUAUACUAGUCAAUUGGAUGGAUGUUCAUAUCUUGUAAGAGUUUGGAUGUUUAGAAUAGCCAAUGUCCUUACUUUUGGUAUCUUUGGAUGUAUCUUUGGAGAGUCUUUCAUUCUUUCAUUUAUUGAUGAACACUUGAACAUGUUAAUUGUUUAG